GUCAAGGACUAAAUUUUUUAUAUUUUUUUAUUGAUUCACUGAUUUUAGGACCAGCUCGCCUCACCUCCCUUCCACGGGCUACCUCGGCCGCCGCACUCAGCCGCUCACGACUUCCAUGAACAUGUCUUCCUUCAAGAACGCUAUUCCCAGACGGGCUCACAAAGAGCGUGCUCAACCGUCUUCGAGGAAAAAAUUUGGCCUUCUUGAAAAGCACAAAGACUAUGUCGUCCGGGCAAAAGCAUUCCAUAAGAAACAGGAGACUUUACGGAAACUUAAAGAGAAAGCAGAAUUCAGAAACCCAGAUGAGUUUUAUUUCAAAAUGAUCAGAACAAAAGUGGUUGACGGAGUUCAUAGACCUGAGAGUGAAGCACGUAAAUAUACCCAUGAAGAGCUCAUGCUGAUGAAGACCCAAGAUAUGGGAUAUGUUCUUCAAAAACUUCAGAGCGAGAGAAAGAAAGUUGAAAAGCUAACUGCUUCAUUGCACUUGGUUGAUCAGCAAAGGUCGGGCAAGCAUAUUUACUUUGCUGAGGACAGGCAAGAAGCUAAAGAGAUAAAGUCGAGAAGUAAUAGAAGGGGGAAUCUUGUGCCUGAUGAUAUUCCUGAUGAGAUUAAGAGGCAAACAGCUUCCUCUUAUAGAGAGUUGGAAGAAAGGAAGAAUAGGGUGAGUCAACUGGAGACAAUCUACAAUGAUAUGGUAAUGCAGAAGGAGCUUCAGAAAAAGGGUCGGAAAAGGAAAUUACGUGAAGAUGAGAUUGUCUGUCCAACGUCAAAACCGGUGUACAAGUGGCGAUUUGAGAGGAAACGUUGAUCAUUCUUAGCAGAAACGAAAAACAAGCACAGAUAUAUGAAAAUAUUCUUAAUUUUUGCUCAAUGCAUUACUUGCCAUUGCUUAGAAUAUGUUGAUCAUGUGCUUACUAUUAAUGUGGCAUUAUCUGGUAGGUUGGUUAUUUA